CCGCCGCAUCCGUUGCCACUUCGGUUUGUUAACGUUUUCCACAAAAUUUCGUUGCCUUGUUUUGUUUAUUCGAUCAUUUCGAUUUGUGCUCAGUUUUGCAUUUUAGUGCUUCCACGUCCUGGACGAAAAAGGCCUUUGCGAAUUGAACGCGUAUUGAGCGCGUUUUAUCGACGGAAUUGGACAGGACUUGUGCGUGAUCGAAGGCUAUCGACAAGCUGUGGCAGGAUGUUGAUGUUAAAGAUACUCUUUAUAACAACAACAUUUGCACUGUAUCAGUGCGGUGUUAUUGGCCCUUAUGCUGCACAUUAUGGACCACAUGGACAUGAUGGCCCCGGGCCGCUAAGCUAUGCUGCCUAUGCAGCACCAAAUGGACCACUUCCAGUGCCAUAUGUAGCAGCUGCACUCAAACCGGCAGCACCGGAGCCUUAUGAUCCUGCACCGAAAUACUCCUUCGGUUAUGAUAUUCAAGAUGGCUAUACCGGCGAUUCGAAGAGCCAACACGAGACCCGUCAUGGUGAUGUGGUGAAGGGCAGCUAUUCACUUGUUGAUCCGGAUGGCACUAAACGUACUGUUGACUACACCGCUGAUCCACAUAAUGGCUUCAAUGCCGUGGUUCGUAAGGAACCCAUUGCUUACAAGACCGCACCCAUAGCACCCGCACUGAUUGGCCCUGCAGUGUCUGUGAAGGCACCAGCCGUUGCAUAUCCUAUUGCACCGGUACCCGCACCGGCUCUCAUUCCAGCACCUGUGCCCGCUCCCGCUCCACUGCCUGCUGUACCAGCUGGCACACAUUUCCAAGCAGCCUAUCCAGCUUUGGCACACAGCAGUGCUUAUGCCAGUUAUCCGCUCGCCACUGAUCCGCAUCACGGAUCCUACUAUCCGCACUAAAAGUAUGGCGGAGGACACGAAAUCAUUGAAAAAUUGUUGAAGGCGACUACUUGGAUUUAUUUUAUGCAAAUACUCGUACUCAUUAUUCGUUAUACAUAUUAUUUUCCAGCUUGUGUCUAUCAGCUACCUCUUAUCUUUUUUAAUAUACUUAUGUACAUAUUUAUACGUACCCACACACAUACUUACAUAUAUGAACAUAUAAAUAUUUGUAUUUUUGCGCAUCCGUUUUAUUGCUUUUGAUUGCUUUUUAUGAUGUUAUGAUAUUUAAUUAUUACUCUGGCACACAACAAACAUAUAUAUUAUAUCAUAACCAUAAUCAUAAUCGCAAGUAACGGUUCAUUCAGUAUACUACUUAUACCUAUACAUAUAAAAAUAAAUAAUUUUUAUACUGAGUAUCGAUGAAAGGACGUAGUACAUAUAUAUAUACGAGGAUAGUACAUACAUAUAUACUCUCCCCCUUAUUCUCUCUCUCCUUUUUGCUCUCUUACGUAUUUUCAAUUACAAGCGAAUAAGAUUACAAUGUAAGCAUAACAAUAGAAUUAGUUUCGAAAGCGUGUGUGUUGUUGUUUUCUAAGCAUUAGUUUUAAUUUUGACGACCUUGAUUUUUUAUACAUACAUGCAUACAAAUAAAUAAAACUGGUACAAUUUGUAUAUUAUAGGAAGGAUAA